AUGCAGCUCCCCGUAGGACUCAGCACAUUACUCAUCAGAAUCAUUUCCUACAAUAUUCGGUUUGCCGCCACGGACCGAGGAAAUGGAGAAGAGCCAUGGACUGGCGUCCGAGCACCCCGGGUGAUUUCCCAAAUUCGAUUCAAUACGAUCAACAACCCAGCCGCUUUUGUCGGUAUGCAAGAAGUUCUGAAAUCGCAACUUGAUGAUGUUGUUGCUGGAUUAAACGCAAACCGAACGACGAGUGAGCCUGAAUGGGCAUUUCUUGGGGUUGGAAAAGAAGAUGGGAAGGAAGCGGGAGAGUAUAGUCCUUUGUUGUAUCGGCCUUCGGUGUGGGAGUUGAAGAAUUCGGAGACGAUCUGGUUAUCUCCUACGCCUGAUGUUCCCGGUUCGAAAGGCUGGGAUGCGGCUGUUACGAGAGUUUUGACGAUUGGGGAUUUUAAGCAUAGAGAGACUGGGGCGUUGGUGACAGCUAUGAAUACGCAUUUCGAUCAUGUGGGGACUGUGGCUCGCGAGAACUCGGCGAGGAUUAUUACUGAGCAGAUCAACAAACGACAGAAUGCCACGGGAAGUGGUCGUGGUCGACAAAGGCCUGCCAUUUUUAUUACUGGGGACUUUAAUUCGGAGCCUGGACAGGAGGCGUAUCAGUAUCUUACGCAACCAUCAUCGCCGGUCUAUGAUGUUCGAGAGAGUAUUCCCGAGGAACAGCGAUACGGCAACAGGAUUGGAACAUUCAGCGGCUUCCAGGGCCAGGCUAACACUCUGAUCGACUACAUCUUCUUGAACAAGGCCGGACCCUGGUCUCCCCAGACCUAUGCUGUACUGGCAAACGUCUUCGACGAAGGCAUCUAUUACAGUGAUCAUCAAGCGGUAGUGACAGAUGUCGAGCUGGACUUGCGCCGAGGGAGAGGUUACUCAUCAUGA